AUGAAGGCCUUCAGUCCCCAGGUUGUCCCCUCUGGCCGGGAGCAGCAGGACAACUGGUCAAAAGGCGGACCCCUGGGGCUCGGAGCGGAGCGCAUCCUGGCGGUGCCGGUGCGCACUGACGCCCAGGGCCGCUUGGUGUCCCACGUGGUAUCAGCGCCGACGGCGGGGGCUGGGGUUCGGACCCGCAGGGCUGCCCCAGUCUGGCCUCCGGGAUUCCCCGAAGGCAAUGAGGAAGACCCCGGAGGCCGCCUUUUCUACAAUGUCACGGUCUUGGGCAGAGAUCUGCAUCUGCGUUUGCGACCCAAUGCCCGCCUAGUGGCACCAGGAGCCACAAUGGAAUGGCAGGACGAGUCUGGAGCCACGCGCGUGGAGCCCCUGCUUGGAAACUGCCAGUACGUCGGGGAUGUAGCAGGCUUGGCUGCAGACUCCUCUGUGGCGCUCAGUAACUGCGACGGACUGGCUGGCCUGAUCCGGAUGGAAGAGGAGGAGUUCUUCAUUGAGCCCCUGGAGAAGGGGCAGGCAGCGCAGGAGGGCGAACAGGGCCGAGCACACGUGCUGUAUCGCCGCCCGCCCACCCUGGAGCCCCCUCCUUUGGGGCCGCCCCAGGCCCUGGACACAGGAUCUUGUCAGGUCUGGCGUGGCAGCUGGGAGCGUUGCAAAGCUGUGGCCUGA